UCUCAGUCAUGCACCGCACACCGCACCGUCUGCUAUAGUAUUACAUGCCCAGCUAUACUAUAUUAUAAUACAUACCGCGACCGCAUUAUUUUUCACAUAUAUACCAGAGAUACCAAUAUUAUAAUAUAGUAAUAUCAUAUAUUUAAUACACCUACGUAGUAGUAAUAGUAGUGCAAUUUUUUUUUCGUAUACAUAAAUACGCUCGUGUGUGAAUCAUUCGCGGUAUUAUUCGUACGCAUCGCGCCGAGUCGAGUCACACAGCUUACGGUUUUUUUUUUUUAUUAUUAUAUAGUACGAAUUAGGUACACGUCACGCGUUCAAAUAUAUCUAUAUAUAUGUAUAAACAAAUACAUAACGUUUUUAACAUAUAUUAUUUAAUUUCGCGAGUGCGGCCUGUAUGUAUAUAUAUAGUAUAAAGCUAAGGUUUCGGAGACUCUUGUAGAUCACAUCGCAUUUGCAGUGCACCGCACCGCGAUCGAUCCACGCGCACCGAAACGGUGUAUUUUUCGAUGGGAUUUCGCAAUCCGUACGUGUCGAUACUGUCGGUCGAUUACAAGUUGCGCGCCAAACUGAUGCCACUGAGGUCUUGAUAUAUAUAUAUAUAUAUAUUAUACAUUUCAGCAGCUACAUUCGAAUUCACCAGUAAAAACCAAAAUUCAUAAAAUCCGACGACGACUCGAACCGUGUAGAGUCAUCGCGAUUGAAUAUUAUACGCAUACAAUAAGAACGAAGACAGAGACAACACAUUUCAAAAAUGGCUUGGAUCAAACGCGGUCGCGGAGAUAAAGCGAUGCAGCAAAUGACGUUCACGAUCGACAUGCCCAUCAGCGAGGACCAGGUGGCCGAGCUGUACGGUGAAGGCGCCCGGAUCCACAGCGUACACCACAGGUCCAGGCCGGAGCAGUCCGUGUUCGCGUCCACAAUGUCGUCCAACGCCUCGGUGGACACGACGGUGGGCUCGACCGCGGCGCUCAUACACAGCCACGCGGCCAAAGUCAAGAAGAAGAAGUACGCUUUCCUCAGGCAGGGCCACAGUGGCAGCGCCCAACAUUCGGCUUCGGCCGCGGCCAACAACGGUUACGUGACCGGCCGCCACUGCCGUGACGCCGCCAUACACAGCCAGAAGGAGCUGAACAUCCGGUUGGCCACGCCCACGGUGCCGAACUUUAUCGAUCAAAUACUCAAGAAGAAACAGGCCACCGAACAGGUGUCCGCGAAGCGUCUGAGCAGCGACGACGACGAUGACGACGACGACGACUGCGACGAUGACCGGGAUACAGAUGAAGACGACGUAUUCCUGCAGGACCUCAAGUCCGCCGCAAAAAUCCGGACGUCGCAGAACACAUACGUCCCACAGAUCCUUGCUUCGCUAACAGUAUCAUUAUGCUCAAUGGUAGUUGGAUUCGCGUCCGCUUACACGUCACCUGCCUUACCGUCCAUGAACAGACCAGGCAGUCCGCUGACCGUAACCGAGGAAGAAGGUUCAUGGAUCGGCAGUCUCAUGCCACUGGCAGCACUCAUCGGUGGCAUGGCCGGUGGGCCCCUUAUUGAGUCCAUUGGUAGAAAAACCACAAUACUCGCUACCGGAAUACCUUUUAUUAUUUCCUUUAUUCUGAUAGCGAUGGCUGUUAACGUGCAAAUGGUAAUGGCUGGUCGGGCGAUAGCCGGAUUCUGUGUAGGAGUGGCUUCAUUAGGUCUUCCUGUAUACUUAGGAGAAACUGUACAACCUCAAGUUAGAGGAACGUUGGGACUUUUGCCCACCACUCUCGGAAACAGCGGAAUUUUGCUAUGUUUCAUUGCUGGCAAAUACCUUAACUGGCAGAUGCUUGCUAUCCUUGGUGCUUGUAUCCCUAUACCUUUCUUGGUGUGUAUGUUCCUCAUCCCCGAAACCCCGCAAUGGUACAUAAGCAGAAACAAAAGCAAGAAAGCCAAAAAAGCUCUUCAGUGGCUCCGGGGAAAGGACGCAGACGUAACGCAAGAAUUUAGUGAGAUCGAAAAAGCUAAUCAUAUGGGCAAAAACGAAGAAAUGCCCGGAUAUCUAAGCUUGUUCUCAAAGAUGUACUCAAAACCGUUGCUUAUAUCUAUGGGACUCAUGUUAUUCCAACAGCUCAGCGGAAUCAAUGCAGUCAUUUUUUACACCGUCAAAAUUUUUAAAGAAGCGGGAAGCACCAUCGACGAAAACUUAUGCACCAUCAUCGUGGGUAUCGUCAAUUUCUUGUCCACUUUCAUAGCAACCGGUCUCAUCGACAAGCUCGGUCGCAAGAUCUUACUAUACGCUUCCAGCACUACGAUGGCGAUCACACUCAUCACUCUCGGAACGUUCUUCAACUAUAAAAACAAUGGUUACGACGUGUCUCAAUACGGAUGGUUGCCUUUGGUCAGUUUCGUGUUUUUCAUCAUCGGGUUUGCUAUCGGCUUCGGACCAAUUCCGUGGUUGAUGAUGGGUGAAAUUUUGCCAGCCAAAAUCCGAGGCACGGCUGCUUCGUUGGCGACAGCUUUCAACUGGGCCUGCACAUUCUUAGUCACCAAAACGUUCGCCGACUUAUUGCGCGUCUUCGGCACAGACGGCACCUUUUGGAUGUUUGGAGGCAUCUGUCUGAUGGGCCUGAUAUUCAUCAUAUUCUGCGUACCCGAGACUCAGGGUAAGAGCUUAGAAGACAUCGAACGCAACUUGACCGGUGUAGGCAAAGGCCCAGUCAGGCAAGUAAGAAGGAUGAGCUCGAUAGCGCAUCUAAAACCACUGCCGAUGGCCAUCUAAACGUCAGGAAAAAUAAUAACAUUUUAUUAUGUAUUAACUAUAAAAGAAAAUCGGCGUAUAUAUAUACAUAUAUAUAUAUAUAUUAUAAUAAUAAUAUUAUACAUCAAUUUUUCUUCGGAACGUUUUCGGAAAUUACAAAAUAUAAAAUUCGCAAGCUUAUAUUCAUGCGCGUACCUCUUUUAAUAUUUUACAAUAAAAUUUACGUUUUUAUCAUUACAACUUUUUAACUUUAUAAUUUGUAAAUGUGCAUAGACCAUUUUAAAAACGCGUUAGACUGCACUGUUCUAAAGUGUUAUUAUAUAAUGGUGCUAAAAUAUUUCGGACAAUAAUUAAUAAAAUAAAAAUGACUUUUUUUUAAAUUUAUAUAAUAUUAACUAUAUAUAUACAUAAACUUAAAAAAUACGAUUACAAAAAUGAUAUCGACGAAGGCCGUCUUAUUGCGUUUCCACAUUCCGGAGAGUAGGUGAAGUUCCAAUUUUUUAUAUUAAAUUAUUAUUAUUAUUAUUAUUCGUGCUGUGAUAGUGACAGAGCAUCCCCUCCCUCCUGCAGUUGUUUGAUAAUGUUUACACCACGAUACGCGUUUAUAAUAUCUAUAGAUCAAAUUCCGUUUUUUAUUGAUCAGGUCAAUCCCUCCUCACAAACCAUUCAAAUUUUUUAUUCGACUUAAGAAUUUAAUAGUAUGAUACGUAUAUAAUAAAUAUAUAUAUAUUAUAUAAUUAUAGUUGGGCACUCGUUAUUGUACUUACAAUUUAAUACAUUAUUACACUAUAAUACUAUAUAUACCUAUAAUAUAUGUCGAUACGCUUAAGCCACAUUUUUAUAUAGGGGGAGGCCUUCAAGUCUGUGAAGGUGUUGUGUGUGUGUGUGUGUGUGUGUUUAGAUUAACGUUUUUAAUAUUAUUAUUAUUAUUAUUAUUAUUAUUAUGUAGGUGUAAAAUACGUAAUUAUAACACUAUGUAUACCGUUUAAUGGAUCGGUGAACAAACGACGUUUUUAAGUGUUUUUUUUAAACGAUUUUUACAUUGCAGUAUACUUGGUACCUAUAUUUUUCGUUUUUCCUAUCCGUUAUAAGUAAAACCACUUAUGAUUCCAUUUACAUAUUGUGUAAUCUAACGGAUCGUGAAACCGAAAAAUAAAUGAUUAUUUAAAAAUUAUGCAUCGAGUUAUCGCAAAUUUAAAAUAAAAUAUAAUAACCGCGACGAAAGGACGAUUUUUUUUACUAAUAUCAAAAAAAAUAAAUAGUCAUUCAUUCGCAAAAAGCCAUCCCAUCGUGAGUUUGUACAACAUAAUAAUAUGAUCGAUAUUCGGAAAACUGAAAUAUAUAUACACACGCCUACAAUGAGGGGUGGGUUAUUAUAAGUUUAUUAUCGAUACAAUUUUUAUAACGAUUAGACUGUUUUUGAUUUUUUUUUUUUUUUUUUUUUUUAAUCAAUCUUUUAUUGUGAUUUGAUAUUAUUAUAUAACAUAAUAAUAUCAAUAUUGAAAAGCCUCGCGUAAAAAUCGUUUUUUUACCAAGUAAAUAUAUUAUUAACACAAAUACUUACUGAAAUCGACUUUAAAAUCGAUGUCGUUUUUUUUCCAAUCAGGCGGGCAAACUUUGUGAUUUUAUUAUUAUUAUUUUUUUUUGUAUUAAAUUUAGUUACCAAUAUAUUAAACUAUAUGAUUUUUUUGUUAGGACAUUAUUAUUUAUUAAAACAAUAUAUAGAUUCUUGGAUGACAUGUUAUUUAUUUCUAGAUUUAUUUAAAUUAUAAAAUAUAGAUUUAUAAUUGUGUUUUGAGCUCAAAUCACUCUAAAAAAAAAAAAAAAAAUGUAGUACAUUUAUAUAUUUAUAUUGUCAAUUAAAAGAAUAAAAUAAAAGCAAUAGAUAUUAUUAGUUAUUACUUAUUACUAUUAUUACUACCAGCUGUAAACCUAUAGUUAAUGAAUUAACAACACAUUCCAUAUUUUAUGAAAUUAUUUAGUAUAUUAUUAUCAAAACAUGUAUGAAGUAUGAUUUUAUUUUAUUUUUUUUUUAAUUCGACGUAUAUUAUUUCUGUUUUAAAGAAAAACUAAAACAUUUUUGUGGCUUAAGUACGUUUGUCAAAGAUGCGUUAAUUCAUUAUUAUAAUAUAUUUAUUAUUUAAUAUAAUAUACAUUUUUAGAGACUUAAACUUUUUUUAUGAAACGAACAUACGAUAAAAUAUUGUUUUAUUUAUUUUUGUAUUACAAAAUUAUUUGAAUGUUUAGUGUUUAAACAUUGUUUAAUUUAUGUGUACAAAUAAACAUUAUUUGUUAAACAUA